UAUAGCAUUGGGCAUACUACCCAAGAAAGAUAUGCCUAUAAAAAUUGUGCAAUUUGUUGUUAGGUGGCACACUGAGAGAGACUGCUGCUUCAGAUCAUCUUUUGUGUUCUAAUCAUAAUCACCCUAGUUAUCUAGUACUUCAUUGAAAAUGGCCAAGGAAAUGAUGAAGCUAGUUGCAGCGUUUAUUCUGGUUUUGAACUUGUGCAUGUAUAUAAUCGUAUGUGCAACAGCAGGGUGGGCACUUAACAGGGCAAUCGAGCAUGAAAUCAUCACAGGGCUGGAAACUCCACUGCCAAACCCAUACUGGGCAGUCUACUUUCCAAUGGGAAAUGCGGCCACUGGAUUCUUCAUAAUCUUUGCGUUGAUAGCGGGAGUAGUGGGAGCUGCUUCGUGCCUUUCUGGGCUUCACCACUUGCGGUCUUGGACAGGAGAUAACUUGGUCUCAGCUGCUCUCACAGCCUGGGGCCUCACUCUCUUAGCCAUGGGAUUGGCGUGCAAGGAAAUCGAUUUGCACGGCAGAAACUCGCGUCUGAAAACGGUGGAGUCCUUUGUAAUAAUUUUGUCUGCCACACAACUGGUGUAUGUAGCGGUACUCAUUCUCUCGCAUCGCUGAGUAGAAGAACGUGCGAGGGUAUCAGAUUGAAAAGUGUUCACUUCAAUGGUUUUGCUCUUUCUUGCAAGCAUUGUGUUUUAGGUUCAGGAAAACAAUUUGGAGUUUCCUCUAGCAAUUUUUAAGAUUGUCGGAAUUGUUGUUGCUUUAUUCUUUACUUGUCCCAGCUUGGAAUUUUCUAGCUUCUAUUGAUGCGACAUUCUUCAAAAACUAUAUGGAUAUCGUUAAUUUUAUAAAUAUAAUAAAAAAAUUCAUGCUUCA